AUGGCCCCAAUCGACAUUUCCACGCGGGUAGUCGUUUCUUACUUUAAGUUUAAAAUUCAAUUUCUACAGGUUUUUCACAGCGAGGAGGACAAAGUGUGGGUAGAAGGACCUGUGACUCUUUGUGUAACUGGAGGAGGACAUCCUGCUGUAGAUCAAAUUCGACAACUUCAUCAUAGAGAUCUCAAAAUAAUCGUCCCUUACUUACUAUUUAUGCCAAUCUGGCUUAGCAGCAUACCAUCAUCUUCAUUAGCGACAGUAUCUAUUAUGCGUCUUUUUCCAAUGGCAAAUAUUUUAUUCACAGUUGCUUCUUUGAAUGAAACAAUUAAAUAUACGUUUCAUUUUUCGAGAAUUUUAUCUUUCAUCGAACAUUGUAUUUUAUCUUAUAUAACUCUUACAUUUGUACUCAAAUGUCUCUUACAAUAA